AGAUAAACAAAGUUACGUCGGUCGGAUUAGUUGUACCGGGCUGGUAUUAAAAAGUAUAACAAAAGGGGACACGGGCGAUGGGAGUUAUAAAUUGGAUGACAUUGUAUGCAUCUUAUUUAUUUAUUAGCGCGAGGAAGAUAUCGCUAACUCAGCUAGCACCUAUGUUUCGCCGCCGCCAUGUUGUCCGUUGCGCCGCUCGCCGACUCAGCCCGCCAGUUUCACGCGGGCGUCCGGACGCGUAUCGCGUACUGGCCCAACUUCAACAACUGCACGCAGUUACGAAAUCAAGAAAAAAUCCCGAGGAAAAAAAUUUAAUUUAAUUUUUUUUUUGACCGUACAAUGGUCCGGACGAAGGACGGCGACGGGAUCAAAAGCGGUUUAAUAGUUGCGGAGGUUCAGAAGCGGCCGUGUCUCUACGACACGAACCAUAUGAACUACGGGGAUAGAUCGGAGAAGAUGAGGAGUUGGGAAGAGGUGUACGAAGGAGUCGUCCCAGGCUGGCCGACGCUCGGACAGACGGAGAAGUCUGCGGCCGGUAAAGAAGUCCAGAAAAGAUGGCGGUCCAUCCGGGACUCGUACACAAAGGCGUUCCGCCAGGGCAAGUGCCCGCCGCCGGAGAUGUGUGCCCCGGGGAGCAAGCGGUACCAGUACCACAGGCAGAUGUCCUUCCUGUUGCGUGCUCUGCAGAACAAAAAACCUCGCUACUCUCAAGACAAAUACGAAUCCUUCUCCGAGAUAUCCAACUCGCCCCAACACCCUCCCCCAGACGACAUGCCGCGCAUCAAGCCCGAGCCGCUCGACAAGCCGUUCGACAAGCCGCUCGACAAACCGCUCGACCUCAAGACAAAACCCGAGCCGGAACGACCCGGCACUCAAGACAAGGGCAACCAGGCAACCAUGGCCGAGAAGAAGUUAGAAAUCAAAAUAGAUGCCAAUACUAUAUUGCCGGAUGACCAUUUUGAUGACGAUAAACUGUUUAUGAACUCUCUACUUCCACUGUUUAAGAAGAUGGAUGACGAUACGAGAUUGCUUUGCAGAAUCGAAGUCCUAAAGAUAAUCCGCUACGCACUCCAAGGCCACAAAUGCUUCGAAGCUCUCAAGAUGGCGGAGGACAGUUUCUUCAGGAACAGGAUGGGCGGCAUCCUGGCCAAGGAGGAGCAGGUCCAUAGCACCAACAACUUGCCCAAAGCCAACGAGGCCAAGUUGUCCAUGACCACACGUUCUGCUGACGGCAGCAGACCUAUUAGGAAACGGAGGAUUCGAUCCCCAUCACCCCUACCAGUGCAACCUAAAAGACGGGGUCCAGGUCGCCCAAGAAAAGUCAGACCUCCCCCAUCUGACUCUGAAGAGGAACACAUAUCAAAGAGGAGGUUUCCUCGCCUCAAGGUUCCUCCGGUGGAUGUGACCCUGGCUGCUGAGGAGGACUCCUUCAACAAAGCAACGAGCGUCGCUCAGCUCUCCACGCCACUAUUUAUGAAGAUGUAUAACCUGGAACGCACCAAACUAGCUCCCGUGACGUCAUCGUCGCCAAGCAAGCAGAUAUCCGUCAAGACAGAACCGCUGGACUGCCCACAGCCCGCACUUAGUCCUAUCUAAAAUAUUUAUAAUCAAAAUAUUAAACGAAACUAUCAAAAAUAUUUUCAAAAUAAUGAAAAAGAGAUCUCUAAGUCGGCUGAAUAUUUUUUUACAUACAAAUAGUUUUGGUAUAAAAUUAUCGAUGUUUCGACGGCCAUUUUGGUAUCCCUGAUGAUUCCGGAUUCGGCGCCAUUUUGAAACUUAUCUUACCUAAUGAGUAUAUGAGCAACCGUUUUUCGUGCUGGUUCUUCUCAGUAUGAAAGGCAUUCGGAACCAGUGUUAAAUGCUUUUGACGAUUUAAAACUACUUGUGAAAGUCUAACUCUAAUUGAAUAA